CAACAACAGUUGACCAUAGUGCUUAAAAAAACCGAACUGAACUUGGGGAACUAAACCCUAAGGAACUAACCCCUGGGAACUAAUCGAAGGAAAUAAACCCCGCCACGGGACUAAACCCCACGGCCACGGCACUAAAGCCAUGCAGGGAACUAAACCCACGGCACUAAACCAAGGGCACUAAACCCAGGGAACUAAACCCCACGGCACUUAACCCAGGGAACUAAACCAACGUACGGAACUCCCACUCUUCUCCAGCCCUCCGUGCGGCAGCAGUCUGCUGGUCGCGUCGCUUCCCGUUUCUUAACUCCGCUCUGUGAGGAGCGAUCAGCAGCUCGUCUCCUGAGCUUCUCACCAUGCCCGGUUGGGAGGACUUUGGAUCCAGCCCCGCUACUCACGCCAGUUAGACGGAGUGAGGGGAUCUGAACUCUGAAGCGAUCUGAAGUGAUCUGAAGUGACCUGAAGCGGUCGUUAUUUCUUCACGAUGCCUGAGAUCUCCAAGAUGAAGAAGCCGGACGUGAAGGUGGUGAUCCUGGGGGACAUGAACGUGGGGAAGACCUCGCUGCUCCACCGGUACACGGAGCGGAAGUUCAGAGACACCAUCAGCACCGUCGGAGGGGCGUUCUACCUCAAGCAGUGGGGGCCCUACAACAUCUCCAUCUGGGACACGGCAGGCCGGGAGCAGUUCCACGGCCUGGGCUCCAUGUACUGCCGGGGCGCGGCCGCCGUCAUCCUGACCUACGACGUGACCAGCUGGCAGAGUCUGGCGGAGCUGGAGGAGCGUUUCCUGUCGCUGACCGACACCGCCAACCACGACUGCAUCUACGCCAUCGUGGGCAACAAGGCCGACCUCACGGACCCCCGCGCCCAGCUGCCCGCAGACCCCCAGAGCCCCGCCGAGGGCGGCGAGCCCGGGACGGGGCCCCGGGUCCCCUCGGCCUGCCCCACCCCCCCGGCCUCCCCCCUCUCCCCCGGCUCGCCACCCCAGCAGGUGGGCCGCGAGGAGGCGGCGGCGCUGUACGGCCGCGUUCUGCGCUACAAGGGGCUGGACGAGGGCAGCAGCCUGCCGGCCGACAGGAUGUGCUUCGAGACCAGCGCCCGGACGGGCUACAACGUGGACCUGCUGUUCGAGACGCUCUUCGACCUGGUUCUGCCCUCCAUCCUGAGGAAGAGGACGGAGAACCAGCGCUCGCCCACCGUCGACCUGGAGGACUACUGCGAACCCCCCGGCAGGAGGAGGGGCUGCUGCUAGGGCAGCCCUACUGACACUGGACCCCCGGCGGACCUGGACCCCCGGCGGACCUAGACCCCCGGCGGACCUGGACCCCCGGCGGACAUUGACCCCCAAGACCGCCUGCUGGGACGUGGUCCUUUCAUUUUUUUCUAGCCAAUCCACACACAUACACUUACACGUGCACGCACACACACACACGCACACACAGUGCAGAGUUAUUUAAAAAAAAUCGAUAUUUAGUUGUCUAUCAACUGUUGAAGGGUGUGAAGGACCAGUCCACGUCGUGGGGGGUCUCUCUGGCUUCUGAACCCCCCCUGGGGACCAAAGGAGGGUUAGUGGGGGGGAGGGAGGGGGGAGUUUAUUCUAAAGUAUAUUUGUUCCUACAAUGCGUGAAUGAGUGCACUAAUUGUUCUGUAGUUUCUUGGGUGGGUGUCGUCUGAAGUCCUGUUGCUUUGGAUUUACACAGGCUGACGUCAUUAUUAACUUAGGAGUUGUUCCUUCAUGGUUCCUACAUUUCAGAGACUCACAAUCUGCACUACUUGAUAAUUAUGCAUAUCCCUGUUUUGUAAGAUGCUAUGAUAAUAAAGAUUUCUAUUUUAAAAUAA